AUGCCCAUGACUGAUGACACCACCAACUCAAGUGCUGCUCGCACCGCCCGGGAAGACUAUGGAGCAAGAAAUUGUACAAUGGGUAUAUUUACUAAGCCUGAUCGCGUUCAAUAUGAAGAAGCUGGAGGGCGCAUCGCCAAAGCUACCCCUUGA